GUUGCAGACUUUCUACCAACCAGCAGCACCAGCCGCGGCGUUUUGCCUUCAGGACCUGAUGCUCAUCCAUAUUAAACCGUCUGAGCUCAGGAAUCCGGCCAGAUCAUCCCCCCCUCCUGCUGCAAAGUUUAUUUUUAACCAGCCACCGCCACAAUUUGGAUGGGGCUGCGAGGAAGCAACAUCUUCUAGCCCGGCUCGCCCCCGUCUCCCGAGCCCGCAGCCGCUUGCCUUUUAACUUUUCCUUCGGGCUUAUUUUCCUGCCGGCGGUGGUAGCGGGUCCCGCGGCGGCCCCUGCCCGCUUUUCCCGGCCGGGAGGGCCGAGCCGGAGCUGGGAAGUUGGGAUGAAGGCGCCCCUUCUUCGCAGCGUUCCUGAAAUAAACUUCCUGCAAUUCUUUGCAGUGUGCAGGUGUCCCGACUCCCCUUUACUCAUGGUCGCCUGUGCAGCCCGUCAGGCGACUGAAGGCUGCACCUAAAAUUCUGCCAGCAGUGCAAGCGCACCGCAGGGUCUCGAUAGCGGUGCAGCGGACACCUCGUACAGCUGCGGGCUGUAGCAUCCCCUCCUCCUAGUCCGAACAGCUGAGUGUUGCGUUCCAGGAGUCUACACGUUUGGAGGACUGCCUGGAAUAGAAAAAAGAAAGCUGCAGAGAUUGUGAGGUGCUGCUUGAUCCGUGUGGCUGUUGUGCCGAGGAGCAUCAAAACUUUGCCGGAUGGAUCCGACAGCUCGUUGCAGAGUAGAGGGCUGCUCUGUACUGGUGCUCCAGCAGCGGUGACAGUGGGGUGACGCUGCCAGUAUAAUUCUCUACCGCUGGGGUGCCGAGUCAGCACCAACACUUCAGUAGCAAGGGCAGAGUUGGUAUUAAAAAGUGCUCGAGGGUGCUGCUGAAGAAGAGGCUGAAGAGCCAGACGCUACUGUACAGACUACACUAAGUGAGGAGACCAGCAACCAGGAAGAGAGCCACAGUCAAUCAGGGGAUAAAAAUGAAGAGGAGCAGCUGGAAAGCUUAAGCAGCUACAAGGUAUCACCAAGCUCACCAAACAGUUUGGACGGAGCAGACUUGUCCUCCAUUGACGCCAUGAUGUCAGCAGUGAUGAAUGUGGGGAAGAUUGCUGAAAAUGGUGGGAACUCUCAAAAUGUCAAAUCCCCCUCAAAGUCUCCUGCACCAAAUCGGAUUGGCAGGAGGAACCAGGAAACAAAAGAAGAGAAGUCUUCCUAUACCUGUCCUCUGUGUGAAAAGAUUUGCACUACACAGCACCAGCUAACUAUGCACAUUCGUCAGCAUAACACUGACACUGGAGGAACAGACCAUUCCUGCAGCAUCUGUGGAAAGUCUCUGAGCUCAGCGAGCUCCCUUGAUCGCCACAUGCUGGUGCACUCAGGUGAAAGGCCUUAUAAAUGUUCAGUAUGUGGACAGUCCUUCACCACCAAUGGAAACAUGCACAGGCACAUGAAGAUUCACGAGAAGGAUCCGAACAGCACCGCAAGCACAACUCCCCCGUCGCCGCUGAAGCGCAGGCGAUUGUCUUCGAAACGGAAGUUUAGUCAUGAUGCCGAGAUGGACAGAGAGGAGAGGACACCUGCAAAAAAGGUUGUCGAGGAUGGUCACUCCGGUGAAGGGGAUAAGAAGGCUGACGAUGAAGUUUAUCAUUGUCCAGUGUGUUUCAAAGAUUUUUUUUGCAAGUAUGGGCUGGAGUCCCACAUGGAGACACAUCCAGAUAAUUCACUGAGGUGUGACAUCUGUUGUAUUACCUUUCGUACUCAUCGGGGCCUGCUGCGCCAUAAUGCAGUUAUCCACAAGCAGCUUCCCAGAGAUCCCAUGGGAAAACCUUUCAUUCAGAACAACCCUUCGAUUCCGGCAGGCUUCCAUGACUUGGGAUUCACAGACUUCUCCUGUAGGAAGUUCCCCCGCAUUUCUCAGGUCUGGUGUGAAACGAAUUUGCGAAGGUGCAUCAGUGACUUCCAUCGAUUUAUUUGUGAGACAUGUAACAAGGCAUUCCCCAUGCUUUCAGCACUCAAACUGCACACAGAAACUCACCUGGUGGAUCAGGGAAAAGACAAGCACAAGCCACAGUCCAUGACCCCACCCGGUGAGAAUGCAGACCAGAAAGCCUUCAUGGCAUCCUUGGGCCUCCAGUACACCAAAGACAUCAAGCCUGUCAAGCAGGAGGACAACACACAAGAUGAGGUCCAAGAAAUGCGGCUCAGAGCACUGAAGAGUAACCUACCUCAGGAACCCAGCAGCACAAGUCUGCUCAGCCUCUCUCCUCUGGAAGCUGCAUCUAUGGGAGGGUCAUUUUCAGUCCUUCCCCCUACAAAAGAAAACAUAAAGCUCCUCUCGCUGCAGCCUUUCCAGAAGGGUUUUAUCAUCCAGCCUGACAGCAGUAUUGUGGUAAAACCCAUCUCCAAUGAGUCUGCCAUUGAGCUGGCAGACAUUCAGCAGAUCUUGAAGAUGGCUUCUUCCGCUCCUCCUCAAAUCAGUCUUCCUCCACUUUCUAAGGCACCUUCUGUCCCCGUGCAGUCCAUUUUCAAGCAUAUGCCACCGCUGAAGCCAAAGCCUUUGGUAACACCCCGGACAGUCGUCGCAACCUCUACACCUCCUCCUCUUAUCAGUGCCCAGCAAGCCUCCCCUGGCUGCAUCAGCCCAAGCCUCCCACCUCCCCCUCUGAGGCUGAUCAAGAACUCGGUGGAGUCCUCCUCCAAUUCUCACCUCUCCCAGCCAGGAGCCAAAUUAAGUCCUUCCUCACAGUUGCUCCUCCAACCCAAAGUAGAGCCUCUGACUCAGCAUGAGAUGAAGACACAACUGGAGCAGGACAGCAUCAUCGAAGCUCUCCUGCCUCUGAGCAUGGAAGCCAACAUCAAGCAAGAGGUGACUGAAGGAGACCUCAAAGCCAUCAUUGCAGCAGGGGCGGCGAACAAGAAAGCCCCGACCAUGAGGAAAGUUUUGUACCCCUGCCGUUUCUGUGACCAGGUGUUUGCCUUCUCUGGUGUCCUGAGAGCUCACAUCCGUUCUCACUUGGGUAUUUCCCCAUACCAAUGCAACAUCUGUGACUACAUCGCAGCUGACAAGGCAGCGCUGAUCCGGCAUCUGCGGACACACAGCGGGGAGAGGCCUUACAUCUGCAAAAUCUGCCACUACCCCUUCACAGUGAAAGCCAAUUGUGAGAGGCACCUGCGAAAGAAGCACCUCAAAGUGACCAGGAAGGAUAUAGAGAAGAACAUUGAAUAUGUUACCAGCAACGCUGCAGAGAUGGUGGAUGCCUUCUGCUCCCCAGACACUGUGUGCAAGCUGUGUGGUGAGGACCUGAAGUAUUACCGGGCCCUCCGCAUUCACAUGAGGACGCACAGCGGCUGCCAGAAAAAGAAGCCAUUUGAGUGCAAGGAGUGUGGUACAGCCUUUUCGGCCAAGAGAAAUUGCAUUCACCAUAUCCUGAAGCAGCACUUGCAUGUGCAAGAAAGGGAGAUUGAGAAUUACAUCUUAGUGGUGGACUGCAGCGCCCAGGAAAACCAGACAGACCCUCCUUUAUUGGAGGACAGCACUUAUAUGGACCGCAAGCCCAUGACGCCUUUCCUGGAGCCACAAAACGGCUUCUUGCUUGGGACGUCAUCUCACGUUCCCAUCAAACUUGAACCUGCAGGCAACUUCCCAAUGGAUUUUGACGAGCCAUUGGAUUUCUCUCAGAAGAGCAGAAGCCUGAGUGCUGUGCAAGUGAAGCAGGAGAACCUGUUUGGCUCUUCUCCCCUGUCCCUCUAUGACUGUUCCAUGGAGCCCAUUGACCUGUCCAUCCCCAAAGCCCUGAAGAAGGAUAAAGAUGAUGUCUCAUGUGAAGCCAGGAAUCAAGAGUUGGCUGCUUCUGGGAACAGUGAUAAAGCCUAUAAUUGUCUGCAGUGUCCUUUGGUUUUUGGUGCCAAUGGAAACUCAGAGAAAACCAAGGCUGUCAGACAUCCCCAGCCACUGAAAGGUUCGUUGCAUUUGACUGUCCCAAUCAUUUCCCCAGCUCUCCUUGGCAAUUCUGCCUUGCUGAGACCCCUGAGACCUAAGCCACCACCACCACCUCUCUUGCCAAAGCCUGCAGUAACUAAAGAGCUGCCACCAUUGGCUUCCAUUGCGCAGAUCAUUUCUUCUGUGUCUUCUGCUCCCGCUUUGCUGAAAACGGAGGCUGCAGACACCAGUCCCAAGGCAGUGAGCAGCUCCACUGGGUGUGACAAAUCAGGGAACACCAAAGCAAAAGUGACAAUCGUGACCGCCAUUCAGAGAGACUCCAGCCUGCCCAGUGACCUGACUCAGGCAUGUGAUCCAGAGCAGUCUCCCGUUGCUGAUGCUGGGUUGACUAAGAAAAGAGGUAGAAAGAAAGGAACAAAAAAUAAGCCUAAACUUAGCAGUAGUGUUGAUCUGGAGUCAAGUGGGGAGUUUGCCAGCAUAGAGAAGAUGCUGGCUACCACAGACACUAAUAAAUUUAGCCCGUUUCUGCAGUCCACUGACAAUUUCAAGGAAGAAAGCAGCAGAAAUGGAACGAGUGAGGAUGAGAAGGAAACUGCCGAAGAUAAGCUGCUGAGGGGGAAGAGGAACGCUUACUCAGAAUGCCUGCAAAAUAUCCCCUGUCCUUACUGUCCUCGAGUCUUUCCAUGGGCAAGUUCCCUGCAGCGGCACAUGCUCACUCACACAGACAGCCAGUCUGAUGCGGAGACACCAGCUGCAGGAAACGAAGUCUUGGACCUGACCUCCUCUGAGAAGGAACAGCCAGAGGAAAAAACAGAGCGACCAGAGAGUGAGUGUGGCCCCAAGGAGGAGCAGAAGGCUGACUCCCCUCUGGCAGAAGAGGACGGCGAAGAAAAAGCGGAUGGAUAUGAAGAGGGCCCUGAGGAAGAUUCUGUAAGUAACAAAAGUCUUGACCUCAAUUUUGCCAGCAAAUUAAUGGACUUCAAGCUGGCAGAGAGUGACCAGAGUGCAGGCAGCAGUUCUCAGACUGAAAGGAAACAUGCCUGUGACAUUUGUGGCAAAACCUUCAAGUUUGCUGGCACUCUUAGCCGUCACAAAAAGGCCCACACUCGUGAGGACAGAAAGGAUGAAAGGAGCAGUGAGGAUGAAAGCAAAAGCAUUCAGGAUGAUGCAGGAGCUCCCUCGAUGCAGGACUCUGGUCUUGAGCAGGAAGAGUCUCCGAUGGACUUGAAGGUAGUGGAGUCUCCUGUGGACUAUGAGGCAACAGGAAAGGAGAAUGAAGAGAGCGAAAGCAUCUCUGAGGGGGAAGGCACAGAGAGAAAGUCCACUGAGAAGAGCAGUGAUGACAAAAAACCAAAGACUGAUGGGGCUAAGAGUACUGCAAAAGCAGACAAAAGAAAGAAAGUCUGUGCUGUGUGCAACAAGCGUUUCUGGUCUCUGCAGGAUCUGACGCGACAUAUGCGGUCUCAUACAGGUGAGAGACCAUACAAGUGUCAAACCUGUGAGCGGACCUUCACUCUGAAACACAGCCUGGUUCGUCACCAGCGCAUACACCAGAAAGUCAAAAAUGCCCAAAACCACGGGAAAGAGAGCGACAAGGAGGAGACCCAGUCGAGGUGUGGAGAAGACAGCGAGAACGAGUCCAGCCACAGCGGCACCAACCCCAUCUCAGAAAACGAGUGCGACUCCGCGGGGGGGGUCGGUAGCCACGCAUCGCUCACGGGAAGCCGAAAAGAGUCCCUGGCUGGCACGGCCAAGGACUCCCCUUGCAGAGAGGAGAGGCCGAGCGGGCAAGGAGCCGGCACCUGCCUCGGGGAGCCCACCAAGAGCGCACAGAAACAGACAGCAAAAGAGCAGGAACCUCGGGGUAGCUCCGAGCACGAGAGGCCCUCGGGUUUCAUUCAGGACUUGCUGGAGAUGCACAACAAAACGUCUCCCAUGAAUCACAUCCUUGCCUCUGCAGACAGCGCGCCCCAGCUCUUGGGGGUGGAAUGACUUUGCUAGGGAGGUUGGACCCGGCCCAGCACGCAAACUGAAGCCAGCAGAGCGAGGUUUCUGGAGUCUUUGUUUUUUUGGAAGAGCAACCUACAGCUGUGGGGAGAGUAUGGCAGACUGGACGCGGUGCCAUAUGCCUUUCAGUAUAAUAAUGCAAGAGACUACAGUAUAUACUGAUUUGAGUGCCUUACUACUUUAUUAGAUCUUUUGGUAUCAUAGAUUUUUUUUUUUCAAAAAUGAUUUUUUUUUAAAUAUUUUAAUGAAUUAUUUGGAGAGGACCUUUUUCAUUUAAGCAUUAAUGUUACCUUUUGUAUUGGUGUGCGUGAGCUUGUUCUUGUAUAUCUGUGAUAGUCGCUGUGUUUGUUCUCUGAGCUGGAAAUGGGGGCAGUGGGGUGGGAGGCCCUUGGAUACCACAGCCAAUAACUGGAAGAAAAAUUAUGUGAAUUUCAUAUGAAAUAGUCAGAGGAAAUGCAGAUGAGAUGUUGAUUUAUGGUUUUUUUUUUCUCAGUAGAUGUUCUUGCAUUUGCCACAUGGUGGAGCAUUAAGCCUGUUCCAGGCCUGAACAACGUGGCAGUUUGAAGGUGUUCAAAGUGGUUCAAGCCAAAAGCAGGAAACACAACAAAUUUCAACCUCACGCUUGUUUCCACUUUUCAGCAUUAGAUAUGGUCUUCUGAAUCCUAGGGGGUUUUCUGGCCGUCGUGGACUGAGCGUGUAUUACAGAGAAGAGUUACAUAGCAACGUAACCUAUGGAAAUAAUGCACCUGCUGUUAUAUAUGUUUGAUUUGCUUCAGUAUAUUAUUAUUAUUAUUUUAUUAUUAUUUUAUAAAUCCAUCAGUUCGCUUGUCUCUGCCGUCAGCAGAAACCAAUGGGCAAUAUUUGCCCACGCAGAUGUAUAACGCCGCUUGGAUCCCCUCUCGAAAUAGGGGUUUUUUUUUUGACUUAACGCUUUCACCAGCUCCUCUUCUUAUGUUGCAGCUCUUCUACUGUACUUUCAGUGAAACCCUUCCUCUGACCCGAGAGUCGAGUGGAGGCCAGCGAGGUAUCACCAUCACCAUCACCAUCAUCGCACCCCUACAGGGGAUCAUCUCACUCGCGGUGGGGCGCAGUGUGUGUUUGGGGGGAAGAAGCGUGUGAGAAUGGGGGGGCCGUGUGGCGCCCCUCCAAGUGCAUCAGGAAGGCACCGCGGGUGCGAGAUGAGUCUUGUUGCAGUCACGUGGGUGACAGUUUGUGUUACUUAAAGAGCAAAAGUCCUUCCGUCUUCCAGUCGAAAGCGAGCAGGAGAGAAAUGCGAGCCUUACCGUCAUCUUGCUACUGUCAUGUUCUAGAGCAAGAAAAUACUACUGGUAAUAGAACUACAGCUAUAAGACAUGUUAAAAAUAAAUAAAAUAAAUUUAAAAAAAAAAAAAUUCUUCCUGAGAUUUUGGGGUUGAUGCUUGAAGACUUGAGGUGUGUGUCUAAAUUUCAUAUCAAUAAUUUAACCCCUUUAAUGCUGGCAGCUGGAAUUUCUCCCUAUGGCUCCUGUUGCCGGCAACAGGCGACACUCCGGCCACCAGUAUUGAAGGGGUUAAGCGAAAUGUAUCCUACUGUAGCUGCGCAUUUUUCGGAGUGCCCAGCGGGUUGUUUUUGUUGUUUUUGUUGUUGUCCUCGUCCUCGUUGUUGUUUGUCGUUGUUGUCAUUGAUUUAAUUGUCCUUCAGUCAUGACCUCUGGGACAGACAGAGCCAUACGAGCAUUGCCGGAGCCUCACUGUGCUAAUUCCACCACUGCAGCCCCCGGCCCAGCCCAGCCGCACUGUGACCCCCAUCCCAUCCCAUCCCAUCCCAUCCCAUCCCAUCCCGUCCCAUCCCAUCCCAUCCCAUCCCAUCCCAUCCCAUCCCAUCCCGUCCCCUCCCCGCCCCUCUCCGCAAAAUCGCUUUUCCUGCUCUCACCAGACAUGGAGGAAGUGGGCCUUGGACCCAGCCUAUAUUAUAUAAUAUAUAUAUAUCUAUAUAUGUCUAUAUCUAUAUUAAAAAAAAAACAAACAAAACUCUCCAAAAAUUUCUGGAGACUGAAAUCUCACUGUCCGGAAUUCAAAGGAAGAGAGAGACGUUCUCGAGUAAUAUUUCUUGCGAAUAGACUAAGAAAAAAUGGUUGAGGUAUAUGUGAUUUCUAUUUUUUGUUGUUGGUGGUUUUCUGUUGUUUUGUUUGUUGGGUUUUUUUUUGUUUUAAAUAGGGAUGUUUGAACCAGUUCAGAAACGAAGCUAAUGCCAGAUGUAGAUAAAUAAUCACAACCAAUGAUUCAUUUGAAACUCUACCCAGGUGCAUUCUACUUAAUUAAAACCAGUUCACGCAUCCCUUAAAUUGUUAUUACUAUUAUUAUUAUAAUUAUUAUAAUUAUUAUUAUUAUUUGGGGUAUUUUUUGGUUUUUGUCUUUUGUUUUGAUUUGGGGUUUAUUUUUUUUGCAACUCUCCACACUAAAACGCGCAAUACUGUGGGGGAGAAGCCAGUACUAAACUAUAUGCUGCAGAACGAUGUAGCAAGUAAUUAAUUCCCAGCAGCCUGCCGGGACAUCUGCUAGCAAUAAUCACUAUUGAUUUAAAGCUUUAUUUAGCCUUUAUCUAUAUCCUAGUAGAGUAUAAGAUCUUGCCACAUUUUAUUGACAUUUUUAUUAGCUGAGUUUGACUGAGAACCGUUGCUGUUGUUGGGUUUUUUUUUUGUUUCCCCUCCUCCCCCAAUAUUAAACUGUGAAAUUCAUAAUGUGUUUAAACUAUGAGUGAAUCUUAGGCUUUAGUUUGCAUGUUCAGCUAAUUUGUCUCUAUACGAUUUUUGUUUGAAUCUUUUUAUUAUUUUUUUUUUCCUCUCUCAGGGCUUUUACAAAAAAAAAAAAAAAAAAAAAAUGAAACAAAAAACCACAAAACAAAAGCAAAAAAAAAAAAAAAAGGAUCUUCUGAAAUUCUUUUGCCUGAGUUGCAAUGGACUUAACGUUGAGAUAAUUCAAUCACUACAUUGAGCACUUGACUGUGAAAGCGAAACAAAAUAAAGGAAAAAGGAAAACGAAAGAGAGAACCUUGUUUGAGGCUGUUGUGAAAUAUCUCUUGGGCGCUAUGUGACAGUCUGAUUCCAUUUUCAGAACGAUUCGUCAUCUUCUCUCUCCUCUCUGUGUGUCUCCUUCCUCUCCUCUCUCUCCACGAAGGAAGUUUAAUCCUAGUGAUUUCAUCCCAUGCAGGAAACAGUAAUAAAUGUGUAGAAUUCAUAUUUUUCUAAAGGGAACUUAAACUGCUGCUACGAAUUGUGUACAAGACUGGUUUAUGCCACAUGAACAGAGAAUCACACAUUUGUUUUGGUACUUUUAUUCCUCUUUUUAUUCAGUUGUACAGUACUUCCAAAUUCAAAAUAAAAAGUAAAAGUUGUUCUGUAUCAAACCAUCUAAGCAAUAAAAUGUUAUAUUUAAAAAUUA